UAUAAUAGGUAUCUUAGUUCAUAAUAUUAGUAAUAUUCUAAUAUUUGUGGCUCUGUUGGGCACUUGAUAGUUAUUUAUUUUAAUGGUAUUUAAUAGUACCUAGUUUACCAUUGAUUAAUUACUAAUCAUGAUACAUUUAUCAUGUUACUAAUAUAAUUACUAUUAUAAUUGUCAUUCGGUCGUUGUCUGAUCGUCGUGGUCGCUGACGAGAGUCCUAUUCGCAUUCGAAAAUGGGCUCGGAACAGAGUUCGCAAUCCAACAACUCCGAAUCGGGCUCGAAAAAUCCGAAACUGAAGAGAGGAAAAUCUGUGCCCGAGAGUUCUUGGCCGCGGAAUUCGCAGGAUGGUCAGCAUAGCAGAGCGGCCAGCGCAAACACAUCACCCGGCCACAGCGUGUGCAGCGACGUCGACUUGCCGUACAUAUCAUACAUGGUCAACCGGCCAAUCGGAGAUUCGCCAAAGAAACCCAGCAUCAUGAGUCGAGGCAGAUCAAUGCAGGUGGAACCCCAGCGGUCUGCUAAGAAGACCCCAAAGUCCACGCCUAAACACAACAUUGUGGUGGUCAGGGCGGCUGUACAAGAAAACCCAGAUAUGGAUGAGGACCUGUAUCGAAUGAAGCAAGUACCAUCAUUUUUGCCAAUAAUACGAGGCACUGUAUCUUUGCCAGCAGCCAGGGAUCGAGAAGCAUUAGAGAGAAUCGAUUCCAAUGCAUUUUACAGACUGUGUCAACUUUAUCAAGCCUACAUGAGCCGCUGUGCCAAAGCGGUGGCUGCAGAUCAAACUUUGAUCAAUAAACAGAUUUUGGAGCUCGACAAUGAAACCACACAAGUGUUAAAUUUAUAUGUGGCUUCGUACAAACAAUAUGCCAAAAUCAAUGAGCAAUUCAAAUGCAUCAAUGACAUGAAUAAGCAACUGAAUUCUUGUCAUUUAUUGUUAAACAAGACACUAGACUCUGUGCAGCUGUUAAAUAACAAACUGCCUCCGGACGAACGGUUGGAACCAUUUGUGUGGACGACGGGUUAAACAAUGACUGAUCACAUCAUAUAU